UAUCUUAAAAAAACAAGAAAAUGGAAGAAAAUAUGGAAUACAACGAUGAUGAAUCAGAAGAUGGAAGUGAUGCACCUGAAGUAAUAAAUGUUGAAGAAAAUGAAUCACCAUUCAAUAACGAAGAAAAUAAUUCGAGCACUGACACUAUUACCGAAAAUACAAGUAAUGAGCCAGUUACAAAAUGUGAAACAGCUUCUGCGACAGAAAAAUCUCUGGAACAUAAUAAUGAUAAAAGUAUAACAGAAGAUUCCCAUCAAUCGUGUCCAAUUUGUAUGGAUUUAUGGACAGCAACUGGAGAUCAUCGCUUGUGCUGUUUACGUUGUGGACAUUUGUUUGGACGCAGUUGUGUUACAAAAUGGUUACAAGUUUCUUGUACACCUUCUAACAGAAGAUGUCCACAAUGUAAUAUAAAAGCUAAUUUAAAGGAUAUUAGGAAUUUAUAUGCUACGAAAUUGGUAUCUAUCGAUAAUGUUGAACUUGAAUUAGUGAAAAGUCAAUUGUCAAUUGUAAAGACUCAAAACAAUCACCUUGAAUCACAAUUAAUGUCUAACAAAAUACAAAAAGAGGUAUACGAAGAACAAUUGGCUAAUAUGAAAACUUAUAUAAGUGAUUUACAAAAUCAAUUAAAGACCGUUAAAAAUGAUUUGAGUCACUGCAUGAAAGACGAAUAUACAAACAAUAAGUUUCAUCUUGAGCAAUCUAUAGAUAUUUGUAAAGAGGAUGGUUGCCGUGUGUUAGAUUAUAAUUCUUGGUAUGGAUUAUUGGUCGUUUCGCAAAAAUCAGAAAAUCCCAUAUUUACAGGAUAUGGUGUCAAAAGAAUAGAUGUGGAAACCUUUCUAUCUAGAAAAUUUCUUUUUCUUCAUUCUCAACCUAUAAGAGACAUUAAUUUUCACCCUUCGAAUCAGAAUAUGCUUUUAAGUGUUGGCUUUGAUAAAACUGCUAAAUUAAUUGAUAUGCGUACCAAUGUUAUAAUGCAUUCUUAUAAAACAGAUUUUACGUUAUGGAGUUGCUGCUGGUCAGGCGACGAUGCUAAUGUUUUUUUUGCUGGUGCUCAAAAUGGAUCAAUAAUACAAUAUGAUAUUAGAAAUACGAGUGGUCCUGCUAAUAAUUUAACGAGUCGUUAUGAUAGAUCACCUGUUGUUUCUUUAGCAUCAGUACCAGCGUAUUUAGGAAAUGGAAUCAGUAAAGGUGGAUUUAUAGCAUGUCGUUUAAACAGUUGUAACGCAUACGAACUUACAGAAUCCGCAUAUACAUGCAAGGAAAUGAAUAUAGUUGGCCCUUUUUUUUCCGCACGUUAUGAUAAGAAAGAUAACCAUGCUCUAAUAUCUUGUCGCCCUAACGAACAUAGACCUCAAACAAGACAUAUUGUAUGUACUAUUGAAAAUGGAAAUGAUAAUAUGGUCUUAUGCAAUGUUAUACAUACGUUUCAUGCUGGACAUUCUCAACGGCUUUUAUCACGGCCUUGUCAAGUUUCUAUUGGAAACGACACGUUAAUUGCAGCGCAUCAAGAAUCUACUAAUAGCAUUCCAUUCUGGAGUAUGACAACUGGGAAUCAAGUGUACAAUCUUCCAGUGUCUGAUUCAGUCAUAGAUAUGUGUUCUUUCAAAUUUAACGAUAAUAUAUUUUUAGCAACCCUUUCUACAAGAAAAUUUAGAAUGUACAGACAUUAUUCCUUUUGACAAUGAUACUUUCCUAUCUAUUUGUACUGAUUAAUUAUAUUUUAUCUAUUAAGAACAUAACUUUAAAAUAUUACAUGUAAAUAUUUACUUUGAAUGUAAU